AUAUUGGCAAUGCAAACUUUGGCGUGUCUACGAAGAAAAGAACUUUGUGGCGGACAGUUUAGCAACCUAUAGUCUUGAUUUAGAUUUAGGUAUACUCCUCCUUGUUCAGUUAGGUUUAUUCGUAAGGAUCGACUUCGGAGAAUAUCAACUCUGAUGGCCGAUGGUAUUAUGGGAUUACUGCAGGCCCCCAAUUGCAAUUUUCUCCAUUUCUAUUGGACCAUUAGAAGAAGUUACGAAAUAAUUGAUGCUUUCCACCAAAAAUUGAAUACAAAAAUAUCAACCAGUAUCUCUUUCAUCAAACAAUCUUAUAAUUUAAUUCAAUUGUUAAUGUUUUCACAAUUGUUUUAUGUUUAAUUUUGUGUUGUUCUUAUCUAAUUUUUGGUUCCAUAUCUAAUCAUGUUAGAUUAGAUGUGUAUUUUAUGUUAGCUAGAAAACAAAUACGAUUUAAACAAAAUUAGAAAACACAUGCAUCACAAUAAGUUACCCAUAAUUGCAAUCUAAUUUAAAGGGAAACAAUGAGGAUAUAAAUCCGGGUGAGGAACGUUGUUGUAACCAACUAUAUAUAUACGCUACUGACUCAUACGGUAUCUCGUAUGUCAACUCUAAAUUAUAUACGUAAUUGACACAUACAGUAUCAGAUCUGAAAACUCAAAAUUAUAACUUGGAGCUUGAAAAAAAAAAAGAAUCUUAAUAUUCUAACUUGGACCUUGAAAAGUAAAUAAAUCCCUAAUAAAUCACAUAAAAUCCAGAGAGUAGAGAUUUGGAGACAAAUUCUAAAUUGGAGCUUGAAAAAUAAAUUGGGAUGUGCUACCACACACUCAUUUUUACUUCUCACACUCUUUGUUAAUUUCUGUCAUCUGAUCUUCUUCAAUUUACUCGAUCCAACGAUCGAAAAUUAAAAGGAUGCGUGAGAAGUUAAAAAGAUGUGUGGAGAUCACAUCUAAAAAGGAAAACCAAUGAAAAAGGCUUGAAAACUUUGAGUUUUAACGAUAAGAAUAAAAUAAAAGAUAAAGUGAAUAGUGCAAGAUUGAUUUUUUUGUUGUUGAAAUUUCCCUGAAUUAAAUCCCAAAUAUCUGUGCGUGGGUGAAUCAUUUUCAACCAAGCCCGCCCGAGUCUGACUACGCAACACAUGUCCAACUCUGCCUCCUGCUCGCUGUAAUCUGCGACGUUGAUUCUCUCCCCUCUUUUAUUUCCUCGCGCCUUUUCGCCUGGCUUCCCAAGCUCCCAACAAACCGACCGAAUCAAACUCCUCCACCCCCAACCGCCUCUCUCUCUCCCCUUCUCUCUCUCUCUCUCUCUCUCUCGCUCUCCUUCGCAUUCCUCUCUUCGAAAAUCUGCACCCAUGUAUCUUUCUCUGCAUUAAAGAGUUGAAAGUUGUGAAUUUUGCGUCAUUCCCUGUUUUUAUUUCCUUCUUCAAGCCCCCACAAUCCCAUUUCUCCAAACCAGCACAAAAAUCUCCGGUUUUCCAGCUUCCCGGAGGCACCAAGAGCGGUUUUCCGGCAGACCCAGAUAGAGGAAGAGCCUCUGCUUCCAUUUAGGCUGCUCAGAGUUGCAAAAAUUGAAAAUUGACCCAAGUUCCCUGCAAACCUCCCCACAAUCCCAUUUCUUCAACCAAACAAAAAAUCCCGGUUCCCAGUUUUCCGGUUUCCUGGCGACACCAGAAGCGGUUUUCCGGCGGACCCAGAUGGAGAAAGAGCCGUUGCUGCCAUACGUAGGCAGUCCGAGAAGAAAGCUGCCAUCUUUAUCGAAUCUCUGGCCACUUCCAGAAGACGAUGAAUUCACUAUCUCUUUAACGUCUUCGGAGUUCAAAGACCGUAUAAUCUUUGGCCCUGCAACUGCUUCGCCUCGAGAUUCUUCACCUCUCGUCGAUGCAUUGACUCUGCCUAUCCAUUCUCCAAGAACUUCAAGACCCCCUUCGUCUUCUUCUCUAUUGGACUCCAUAGCCACAACCCACAGGCCACAAUCCCAACAGCCACCAACCCCGCAAUCAUGGCUCAUCGACCCCAAUUACUCGUGGAGCAAAACCAACCUCCACCGCUCGAAAACAGCUCCUGCCAUGGCCGUGAUCAACGAGGUGGCCAACCGGCGGUCUGUUCCCAGACCCCAGUUCGGUUCGCAGUCGAUUGUAAGACAAGCUGUUGUACUUCUUGUUAUAUAUCUUGCAUUGGGUGUGAUUAUAUAUUGGUUUAACCGUGAUCAUUUUGCGGCUCUGGAGACGCACCCUGUGGUUGAUGCAUUGUACUUCUGUAUUGUGACAAUGUGCACAAUUGGGUAUGGAGAUAUUACGCCUACUACUACUGCAACCAAGUUGUUUUCGAUAGCGUUUGUGUUGGUGGGGUUCGGAUUUGUAGACAUUUUGCUGAGUGGGAUGGUUAGUUAUGUGCUUGAUUUGCAAGAGAAUUAUUUAUUGAGGAGCCUUAAGGGUGUGGGUGAGAAAAAGGAGUCUUACAUAUUUGAUGUUAAGAAGGGGAGGAUGAGGAUUAGGAUGAAGGUGGGAUUGGCAUUGGGAGUUGUGGUUCUUUGCAUCGGGAUCGGUGUGGGUGUUAUGCAUUUUGUGGAAAAGCUUGGAUGGUUGGAUUCAUUUUAUCUUUCGGUUAUGUCAGUUACCACAGUUGGGUAUGGCGAUCAGGCUUUUCAGUCUUUACCAGGCCGCAUCUUUGCUUCAGUUUGGUUGCUUGUGUCGACGCUUGCAGUUGCUCGAGCAUUUUUGUACUUGGCUGAGGCUAGGGUGGAUAAACGGCAUAGGAAGAUGGCGAAGUGGGUUCUUGGUCAGGAUAUGACGGUUUCUGAGUUUCUUGCUGCUGACAUUGACAAUAACGGCUUUGUGAGUAAGUCGGAAUAUGUCAUAUACAAACUCAAGGAGAUGGGAAAGGUAUCAGAGAAAGAUGUAAUGCAGAUCUGCACCCAAUUUGAUAGGCUAGACACAGGAAACUGCGGAAAGAUAAGCCUUGCUGAUCUCUUGAGUCGACAUUGAUAUCCAAGUCACUUACGAAGUAUGAACUUUGCUGCCAGAUCCGUUGGUACUCUUCCUCUUGCCCAUGCAUCCUGAGCAUCAAGUCAAUCUUUCGUACUUCAAACGUUGAUGCGUGGUAAGCCUCGCAGAUGCAUUUCCUGUUAAGUAUACAACAGUCAACAAAUCAAAUGUCAAUGUAGACGAGUAGCGUUUAUAUUGCCGAAAUGAAUAUAAAAGAUGAAAGCUCAGAAAUCAACCAAAUGAUACUUUUUGCUGCUUCGUAACUGUAAAUUAGUACGAAUGAAGGAGAAAGAACCUUGAUUACGUGACGAGCUCACUUCGCUUUCUUUCUUUGUUGCACGGAGAUCAAGUUUUUUAUAAUCACAAAUAUGAACACUUUGGUAGAUUGAUUUUGUUGAAAUGUUGUUUUUCUCUGCAUCAGCAGGUUAGGACUUGUGUAACAUCCUCAUUAAUUUUUAAGAAUGACAUUAUUUAUCUUUCUACA